AAAAAAAAAACCUCACAAUUCCCCAUGCCUAUUCAAAUUCAAAAUACCCCUUUGACACACAAACAAGAUAAAACUCCUUGAUUGAAACUCCAACUUUCCUUCUUCUCUCUUUCUCAAUGUGACGGAUUUCAAUAUAUCUACCUAAUCCCAUUAUCCAACAGCAACAUUCCCACAGGUGGACAGCAUUCAAAUUCAAAAUCCAUCAAAGACUCAAUCUUCUCUCUGAGUCUCAGAUAGAGGGAGAGAGAGAAGCUUCAAGCUAGGCAAUGGCAAUGAUGAGCGUAUGCAAGAAAUCCUCAAUGCCAAGGCAAUCCUCGUACAACUCCCUCUAUGUCAACCCUCUCAAUGACCAACUCAAACACAACCGUAGCUGCAGCGAAGGAGGUACCAGAACCCCAGACAUCAUAUUCACUACUGACGACAUUGACAACAUUGACAAAGAGAACGAUGAGCCCAACACUAACACUAACAGGAAGCACAAACAAAAUGCAAAUGGUUUUGCUUUCUCUUCUUCUAUUUCUAAUCAUAUCAACAAAUCUUUAUCUACCAACACCAGGGUCUUGGUGAACUUGAAGCCUUCUUCGCUUCAGUUUUGCAUGCAAAUGAAUGAGCCCGACAAGGCCUUUUUCCCCUCUAAGGUUUGGGAACCCCCUGAGUCCGAGAAUUCCAGUUCUUUGAAUAUUUGGGACUAUUCCGAUUCCGAAGCUGCUCCGGCUUCUUCUUGGUCUACACUGCCUAAUAGGUCCUUGUUGUGUAGGCCAUUGCCUCUGGAUAUCGGAAGGUGUACUUGUGUAAUUGUGAAAGAAGAAGCUUCUCCAGAGGGACUUCAUCGGGGUACUCUAUACUCUCUUUAUACCAAUGAAGGUCAGGGACGACAGGAUCGGAAACUAGCUGUUGCUCACCACAAGCGGUACAAUGGAAAGUCUGAGUUUACAAUAGCUCAGAAUACAAAAGGAAUAGUGCCUGAUUCAGAUGAUAAUUUUAUUGGGGUUGUAACAUCUAACCUCAUUGGUUCUAAAUAUCAUAUUUGGAAUCAGGGGAGACGCCUCAAUUCCCAAACUAUGCAAUCUAAAUCACUUCUGGCUGUUGUCAGAUUCAUGCCUACAGUAGCCACAUGUACAGGAAGUUAUAGAAGCAUGAUGGCAUACAUACCCAAGCAACAAUUUAUGCAGUUAAAGAAUGCAAACCAGGUACAACACAUUUAUGGACUGCCAAAGGACUGGGAGGGAAAAGUAGACCAUGUUCAUGAGCUAUUCUCAAGAGUUCCGAAUUACAGCAAAAUUUCAAAGCAAUAUGAGCUAGAUUACAGAGACAGAGGAAGGGCUGGACUUAGAAUCCAAAGUUCUGUAAAAAAUUUCCAACUGACUUUGGAGGAGAAUGGAAAACAGUCAAUUUUGCAGCUUGGAAGGGUGGGGAAAUCAAAGUAUGUAAUGGAUUACAGAUAUCCUUUGACAGGUUUCCAAGCAUUUUGCAUAUGUUUGGCUUCUAUUGAUACAAAGCUCUGUUGCAUUGUGUAAUAAAUUUCUCCUGCCCCUUUUUACUUGUACUUCUCUCUAGCCAAAGGACCAAAAAAAAAAAAAAUAGAAGCUUUUUUGUGAUGAAUGAUGGGCUGGAAAAAUAUUAGUGAGGAAUUGUUGUUAGAGACUGGUGUUUGGGUUCA